UCCCAUUUUCCUGUUCUGUCCAAAAAUACAUUUUCUACUGCCAUAGACGUUAAUUAAUAAUUAUUUAUAUCAAAAUGCAAUGUUUAUUUAUAAAUCGUCCGCUGUUAUAUUUUCAAUAUGUUUUUUUUUUUUUUUUUUUUUUUUUUUUUAAACGAGAGACAGAAAAAAAAAGUCGCAGGUUUGACUGUUUAUGUGCGGGCUGUGAAACCGGCGCAUUUAGUGCGGACCUACUGUACACCGGGGAGCCGCGUGAAUGCGCUCUCCUAUAUCGAGCACGCAGUCUUUAUCUAAUCACUCGGAUUGAACUCGAGACGCUGGAAAUUAUUACUUCCGUAGCCGCGGUCCGCGCAGCGCGCAACUGGCCGCCCUUCACAAAGGGCGGACCUUCAAUUGAUUUAACACCGAUCCCCACUGAACGUCCCUCCACGCCACAGCCAAUAACUCCCUGAGGAGAAAGAAGAAAAAAAAUAACGCUGGCCGUUGCGCGACAGCACAGUAAUCAUUCGCGGAACGUGCAGUUUAUUGGGUCCCCACUAAUUAUUCACCAAUCAAUUCUGGAAGUUCAAUCAGAAACGCCGGCAGCCUCUGAAACUCAUUUUUGUUUCGGCAUUUUUCGCUAUCCUAUUUCACCCGCCCUUAGCACGGCUCACGCGCUCCACGCUUUUGAAAGGAAAAGGGAAAAGGAAUUUUGUGAUCGAGAUUGAGCGUUCUCUAUACCAGUUUUAACGUCUCUUCUCUCACUCUCGUUUUCUCUGUCUCUCUCAUUCUCUCUAUCUGUGAGAGAUUUUCUCUCUAGUUACUCGCAGCGGCGCGCGCUUACAGUCGGCGGAGCGAAGUCUCGAGACGAACGGAUCGCCAGAUCUAUUUAGAUUACUCGGAUUACGUCGGCUCACGAACGCCGUGCCGUAAGGGGGCAACCGGGGUAUGAAAGAGAUGGGCGAGAUAAUAGCGGCGACCGCUUUUCCUUUACGACCGCCGUCUAUGGGGCAAUUUAUCAACUGAUAGGAGCGAAGCGCGUCACUUGGCACGACGGGAGGCGAGUGGGCGUGGCCUUUGUCACUAACACGGCCUGUCGGAAGCGGGUUCUGCCGUUACGGGAGAGGGCGAGAUGAGCAGACGAGAAUCGCGUGAGGAGCACGGAGCUAGGACGGACCACCCACGGAACGUCGACUCGCGCGCAGACAUGAUACAAAACGCUGCUACGGAAGUUCCGCCGGUUAACGGGCAGGCCGCCACUUCAAAGGAAGGGACUACUACUGGCGUUACUGGUGUUGUUGUUGUUACUACCACCGCCGCCACUACCACUGCCGCAGUCACUGCGAUGGAUUCGGGGCUAGCGGACGGGUCGCGCCCGGUCAUGGAAGGUACGGAGGAGUUUAUUAAGCCCAUAGUGAAGGAUGGGGAGAUUAUUCUCGAGGUGGAGUGCGGACAGAACAAGGCUCUGCUCUACCUGUCGAAACUGUGCCAGGGGAGUAAAGGACCGUGUAUAUUCUAUCAGGGAUCGUGGCUCACGCCCAACGAAUUCCAGUUCGUGAGUGGCCGUGAGACGGCCAAAGACUGGAAGAGGUCCAUACGACACCACGGUAAGAGUCUGAAGCUGCUGUUGGCUAAAGGAAUACUGACCGUCCACCCGACUGUCUGUGAGUGCGAGGGAUGUCGACACAGCUCAACGACGCCGACGCGAUGUCGAAACGGCGAGAAGAGAAGCCGAAUGUCGUCCUCCACGUCUGAGGUGAAGGGGAAGGGGAGUUCGAGUCCCGUGGAGCACCACGUCAACGGCGCAUUCAAACCCGUGCAGCACGUGAGACCCCAAAUCAGGAUUCCAUCCGGCGGAACCGACAGCCAUGUUGUAGGACAAAAGCAGCAAGAGAAAAUUGGCAGUGCAAUGAGCGAUGGAAAUGCAUCUACUGUUUGUCAGGACUUGAGGCCAGUGGAAAAGACCAGCAGCCUCUCGGACAAGUCUGAUCACCUUCCCGUGGUGAUCAGAGAGAAAACACAGGACAGAGUGCCAGUGCUAAAGGCAAACACCAUGUGUAAAAACGAUACUGCUCCGUUCAAAGUUAAUUCAGUACACCCAGAAAAGACCAGUUUUUCAGACUUAAAACCUGUUUCAGAAUUAGCAGUAGAAACAAAGAAAGACGGAUGUUGUCAACAAACAAAGCACAGACAUUCAUCUUCACAUACUGAUAAGUUAAAACACAAAUCUUCGAAAACGCAGUCUGCAGCAGGAUCUACGGAACAUAAGAAGAUGACAACAACUACAACAACAACAGCAGCAGCAGCAACAGCAGAAACACAACACACAUCGAUACCAUCCUUACAACACGUUCCAGAAGUGAAAUCUGAUCCUUCAACAGAGACAAAACUUUCAGUGGGAACAGAAUGCAAGUCCCAACCGUUAGCACCUCCUACUGUUCAAGGGAAAAGUCACAUCGAAAAAGACUCGCCAUCUUCAUCUGCAUCUAAAGUGGUAAACCAACCGUGUCCGGCUCUUCAACCUGAAUGUGUGAAAGAUGUUCAGUGUAAGAGUAAUGGAGUUCCCAGUAUUCCAGAACCAAGUACAAAACAACAGACAGCUGUAGUACCAGGGUCUCCAGACCAGCCAAAACCGCCGUCAGGAGAUCGACUUGCAGCUCCAGCAAUGGUUCCAUCAGUCGAGCGAGUUAAACCAACACCCAGUGCUAAUGACAAAUGUCAACGUACCAGUGAGAUCACUAUAGCAAAAUCGACCGUCAAGACUGAGCAGCUCCCAUUGAAGGAUGUGUCAAAUGGUCAGCAAGGAAAGGACCACAAAGAUGACAACUCCCAGAAGGAAUUGAAACACACCUGUGGCAAAGAAAAAGGACAAAGUGCUAAACCAUGUGCCAAAGUUGAUAGCGGGACCAAGAGCGAAAGUUCAGACUCUACUAAAGUAAAACUAUCCACCAAGCCUAUUGAAUUGGAUGUUAAGAACAUAAAGCAUGAAGACUCUGGCAGUCGGUCGUCUCACUCGAAGCAUAAACAGACGGACAAGAAACAUUCCACGGACAAAGACUCGCACGUUCAGUCGUCAACGUCGUCGUCGUCGUCGUCAAGUGCUCAUCACAAAUCAUCAUCCUCGUCUCACGUGAGAAGUCCGGACACGGCGGCGACGACGAGGAAGCGUGAAGACUAUCGGCCUUCCCUUCCCAUGUCCGACAACAUGGCCGUGCCACGAAUAGGAAGUGAUGUGCCUCCCAUGAUGCAACAGGAUGCCACCGACGCUGCGUGCAGUGAUUACAUGCGACUUCUGGCUUCAGGACAUGGUCAUCCAAUGUUACCACCCCACAUCGGUGCGUUCGAUCCUCUUUAUGCCCUCAGAUUUCAAGAAUACCCCAUCACUCCAGCAGCUCUCUACCCGCACUCAGGACUGUUGCCUGGCGACCAGAUGCUUUAUCAAAACACUCCUGGCAUGAUGCCAAAUGUUGGUCCACCUUGUUUCGCACCCUCGAUCCAGAUGUACCAACCGAGACUUCCCUACGCCAUCCCCAUGCAGCUGACCGACCCUCUGAAACCUCUCGGCUGUCUUCCAUACCCCAGCGCAGCCGUGUACCCGUGCUCACUGAACGGACUGAAGCGCAAGCAGUACGAAACGGAACAGACGUCAGAGUCCCCUCAAAAACGACUGUGCACGGAAUAUUCCUCCCCAGCGUUCCAGAUGGACGGCAUGUCUCAGAGCUACGCUUUCGGACCGAGUGUAUCGGAGGCUUCUCGCCUGUCCUACGGCGACGAGUACAACCUGCGCAAGUACUGCGAGGACAAGUACCUGUGUAGUGAGACCAGCGACGCACAGGUAUUUUCGCGAUGGAGCGAGCUUGCCGCCAAGACCGGAUACUGCAGGCUCUGCUCGUGCACAAACAGCAGACCAAACGACAUCCGGUUCUGGUCGGUGGAGGACGUCUGCCGCUUUCUGGCGCGACUUGAUGGAUGUGGAAUAUACGCAGAGAAUUUCAUGGAGCAGCGUGUUGACGGGAGAAUUCUUCCUCUGCUUACCACGGAUCAUCUCAUUAAAAACCUGGGAAUGAAGCUAGGACCCGCCGUACUGCUGACAGAGGCGGUCGCCAAGAAGAUACAAGAAGCUGGCAAGCUGCUCACCUGUGAAAGUUGUCGUGGACUCCUCCCUGGACCAGUUGUAUAGCAUCGCUCAUGAAUUUUCAUGAGAACAAAACUUAUUUAUUAAUAAGAGGAGGUUUAUUAGUGACCUCCUCCCUCGACUGGCUGUAUGAAUAUUCACGAGGAUCUCAAGGGUCUGAGAUAAUUCUUUUGGACUCCUCCUUCGACCAGCUGUAUACCAAGGCUUAUGAAUAGUUAUGAGGACAGUACCUAUGUAUUGACUUGGGGAGGUUUUCAGUGUUGUCGCGGACUCGUCCCUGGACCAGCUGUAUGAAUAUUAAAGAGGGUCUUAAGGAUUGCAGUUGUAAUAGACUCUUUUUCUCGACCAGCUAUAUAGCAAAGAUCAUGAAUAUUCAUGAGGACAGUACCUAUAUUUUGACGUGAGGAGGUUUCUAAACGGCUGUGGACUUCCUGGACCACCUCUAAUAGUAAUGCUUGUGAAUAUUCAUGAGGAUAACACGUAUUCAACACCUACGUAUUGGCGUGUGCAGAUUUCCAGAACAUUGUAAUUAACAAUAUUGCUAGAAGAUUUAUUUCCGGAAAAUGUCCAUUGUUAGUUUCUUGACACAAAACUCUGUGAAGACUUGAAUAUAGUUGGUACGGAUUACACGAACAUUGACUAUGAUGAUUUUGUGGACGUUCUGAAAUUCGGUGCAUACUGCUUCAGUUAUGGAAAGUGUUUUCCGUUAACUAUGUACAAACGUUUUCCUGAAGACAUUUGAGUCAGCAAACAUAUGAAUUUCCAACACAUACACCCUCAGUAGAUAUCAAGCUAUCAGGUGUGUGUGUGUGUGCAAACAAAUAUGCUGGUGGUUUAGAUUGUGAGGAGUGUAGUUUUUACGAGGUUCGAGUCGUGUUCUUCAGGAAAAUAUAUUUUAAAAAAAAGAAACUUCACUUUGAGCUGGUGGAUUCGUCCCUCAAACAUGGUCUCCCUGAACGUUAAGCACGUUAAUAUGACACAAACAUGGUCUCCCUGAACUCGCGCCCUGAUAUACAUGGGCAACUCAUGCACGUUAAUAUGACACAUACGUCGACAAUGGGUAUCCAUCGACACUAGGUAUCCAUCGAUACAUAUCGACUGUGUGGCCAUCUAGAUGAGAUAGCGGCCAGUAUGCAUGCAUAAUGAUUUCUCUUCAUUGGAGAUACGUUAAUUUCUUGGAAUGUUAUAGAUAACCAAUUGUCAGUUAUGGUGUCAAGCCCUCUAACAAAUUACGUUCCAGAUAAAUUUACAGAUUAAAAGUAUAUUAGUAUAUUUAAGAACAGUUAACAUUCUUAAUACACAAAUUUGCAUAAUUGUUGGGAGUUUUUUUUAUCUUAAUGACUGCUCCAUUAAUUUAUUUUUGUCUUGCCAGCGAUGGUAAAAAAACACAGCCACGUUUGUUAUAAAUAUAGUUUUAAGUGCUAGAUAACUGCGUGCUAAUAAAUGUUUUUUAAAGACUAGAGUCGAGCUAAAAUUUAGUUUGAGUUUCUUUCUUUUUACACCAAGAAUCUAGGAAACCUAAUACUGUAGUUUUGGACACACAGUUUGAGUUUCUUUCUUUUUACACCUAGAAUCUAGGAAAACAGACUAGUUUUUCAAAUUUUAUGAGCAUGAUCACUAGGGCCAGGAACACGUGUCCGUCAUCGUGGACGUUUGUGGUGUACGUGCCUUUACGGCAAAGGAAGACUAAAUGUGCGUUAUCAAAAUACGACUUGUAGUAACGUCUUGAAUAGAACGAAUGAGAUAUUCUGUGAAAUCAUUCAAAUUUUAAUUUACAUAGUGUUUAUGGUCUAAGGGACUGUAAAGUCACAUUGCAUUUCCUGUUGGCUGUGAAUAAUCUUGAACGUUUGAACAAUAAAAAUCGCAUGCUGCAGAUCAUUAUUGUAAGUCGCAAGAAACAAAACUACGUACAAAGUUAAUAUUCAUUUGUGUCUAUAUGUUUCAAAGCCAUAAUAACAAUCACAUUUUUCUGUGACAUAGUAUGUUUUGUAAAUAUAUAUUUAUUUUUGAUUCAACCAUCUAUUUCUGUAAACGAUUUGUCAUGUUUGUAUUCACGCAUGAAUAUGCGACUGGUAGUAGAUGUGGAAAGUGUUCAUGUUUAUAAAUUAUUGAACGUGUAAAUAAAAAUGAAUUAUCAAAUAA